AUGAGUUUGUUGGACAAAGCAAAGGAGUUUUCGAAAAAAGCGACUGAGGAGGAUGACAAGGGGCAUAAUAAGGAGGCCGUUGAGAAUUAUAAGAAGGCUAUCGAUUGUUUGGUAGCGCACAAGAAGACGGAACACAACGAGAAGCUUUUGAACGUUAUGAAUCAACGCAUUAAAGAGUACGUCGAACGUGCCGAGUAUCUGAAACGUGUUCAAAAUGGUGAGAAAGUGAAGUCUGACGAUCCCGAUAAAGACAAGGCUUCUGAGGAUCAAGGCCGUGCGGAUGCGGUCAGUGGCUCUGUAUUAAAGGAUAAACCUAACGUUCAUUGGGACGAUGUCAUUGGGUUAGAAAAGGCCAAAGAGGCUUUACAGGAAGCGGUCAUACUACCAAUUAAAUUCCCCCAACUGUUCACAGACAAAAGAAAGCCAUGGACUGGCAUUUUAUUGUUUGGGCCACCUGGUACUGGUAAGUCGUUUUUGGCGAAGGCUGUAGCGACCGAGGCAGACUCGACGUUUUAUUCUGUUUCAGCGUCCUCAUUGUUGAGUAAAUACCUUGGUGAGUCCGAGAAAAUGGUGAGAGAGUUGUUUGAAACGGCACGAAGGAAUAAACCAAGUAUCAUCUUUGUUGAUGAAGUCGACUCUUUGUGUAGUUCACGUGGUGAUGGGGAGACUGAGGCGAGCAGAAGAGUGAAAACCGAGUUUCUUAUUCAAAUGAAUGGUGUUGGAAAUUCGAUGGAAGGUGUGUUGAUGUUGGGAGCGACAAAUAUCCCAUGGAUGCUGGACACUGCUAUUCGAAGACGGUUUGAGAAGAGAAUUUACAUUGGACUCCCAGAAGCUCCUGCACGAUCGAAAAUGAUUAAAUGGAACUUGGGGAAGUUACCCAAUUCAUUGACGGAUCAAGACUUCAAAAAACUUGGAGAAGAGACAAAGUUGUAUUCGGGGAGUGAUAUAGCCAUUUUGUGUAAAGACGCUAUUUACCAACCAGUAAGAACGUUACAAGCUGCUACCCAUUUCAAAUACAUCACUGGAAAGUCGCCAAUAACAGGAGAGAUGCGAAACGAUUUAAUCACGCCAUGCAGUCCAGGUGAUUUUGGAGCGAUUGAAAUGAACUGGAAGCAAGUGGAAGGCAGCAAAUUGAUUGUGCCUCCUGUCACGAUGAUGGACUUCUUGAAAUCGAUCAGAAACUCCCGAUCAAGUGUCUCAAUGGACGAUGUUGAUAAACAUAAAGAUUGGGCAGAACAGUUUGGACAAGAUGGAUAA